AUGCAUUUCCCCAGGCAAGGCCAGAGACCCCAGGUGACUGAUCUUUACUCAGUACCUCAUAUCGAUCCGCUGAUGGAGCCGCCCAUGGCCAUGCUCCCAAGGGAAUCCAACAUGAAUUCUCCGCGUUUCUGCGCGGCAUCCCAUAGCGCCGACACGCUGUAUCCUCUCCACGGCGUCAACUCCAUGCUCUUCGAUCUCCACCACCAGAUGGCGCAGCAGUACCACCUUUACUCCGCGACGACUCCCACAGCGCACACCCUCUCUGUUGCUGAGAGACUGGCAGAGCUUAUUCUGGAGGCUCGCUAUGGCAACCAGCAGAAGCAACGCCGCAGUCGCACCGCUUUCACCAUGUCCCAGCUGCAGGCUUUGGAGAAAGCUUUCCAACAGACACAAUACCCCGAUGUCGGCAUGAGAGAGAGACUGGCUGUGUGCAUAAACCUGCCUGAGGCUCGUGUUCAGGUUUGGUUCAAGAACAGGAGGGCGAAAUUUCGCAAAGGUCAAAAAUGUUCCACGAUUUCCACUGAGCACAGUCUGGAAGAGACGCCGCACCAUCACAAGUUAGGAAGGGAGGAGGUCAGCACCGAGGACAAACAGGACAUGGCCAAAGCACACAAUGACGCCAUCUCUCCUGUAGGAGAAAGCAGGGAUGUCCCCAUUCAUUCCACCUCUGCAGACUCUAACGUUACCCAGUCAUGCAUCCAAGUACACUCCCCUCCACUUUUUUCCUUUGGAAGUGGGGAGCGAUACUGCCGCCUACCUCACGAGCAGGCUCUGGGAAUGCUGUCCGCAAAGUUACCCCUCACCCAGACAUUCUGGCCCAUCAUUGGGCAGCACAGCCCUGCCUUGGGGGCUCUCCCUUCCUCCGUUAGUAAAAACUGUAGCUUAUCCCUUCAAAACAUUUGUUCAAGUCAAACUGUGCCUCACCCUCACCUGGGGCUGUAA